UUUUCGUGUAGGAAACUGUAUAAUACGUAUGAAAACGUAGGAAACGUAUAAUACAUGUUCUAAGGCUCGAUUCGGUGGUCCAGAGCAACGCGAUUGGUCGAAAUCUUAUAGUUAUGGAAAAGCGUGUGUGACAGGCUUAAUUUGUUGACGCGUGUGCAAGAGGAUUUUAAAGUGCAAAAGGGAAUUAUACUGUGAUUCUUUAAUCCAUUUUCGGCAUUGUGACCUAUGAUUUUUUUGCAAUAACUACAAUAUGCAAAAAGUCUUUGGCCUUCAUAAUAUUUUUCAAAAUUUCCUCCCAAAAUUUGUGACACAGCCUACCUCCACGACUCAUAUUUUCGAAAUUUUUUUUUAGUUUUUCCAAAUCGCGUAAUUUAUGUGUGCGUUUAAAAGAUACAACCGUUGAGCAUUGUCUUGUUAACACUCGAUGUUGAUUUGUUGGUUCUAGGAGUAAGAACUAAUCACAUUCGAACAUCAUAUGUAUAAUACAUUGUUGAACUCGCGACGUAUUAUACUAUGUAUAAUACAUGGAGGAAACCCGGUAUAAUACAUCGAGUAUAAUACCACCGACGAGAUGUUAUUAAAGACCGUCAGCCCUGGGUAAACUUUUGUGACCAUCAAGUGGGCCCGGUGGGCCCGGAGUUGAACAAAGAUAGAACGAUGCUCGGGUGCUGUUUCCGAACGUACCGUUGGAUGUUGAAGAGAGUGAAAGUGAAGAUAUUGAGUGCAAAAAGUUCAAGCAACGCGAACAAACCUAAUCUGUCACACGCGGUACGCCUUGUAAAAGGUUAUGUAAGGUUAUGCCGGUUCAGUUUUCACGCGUACAUGCAUACUGACAGAAAGAGAGAAUGGACGAGGCACUCACUACACCGCCUACAUUUAAACGGAAUUUUUUCGAGCGAAUUUACUGCGUGGAAUUAUCGCCGUACGAAUGGUCGCAGCAUUUGAUCUGCAUCGCUCUCGCCAAGGAAAUUGUCGUCGGUACUGUCAGAUUUCAGGAUGAAGAUGACGCUGUGGAGGACAUAGCGUACAAUCCUAUCAAAACAUUUCACCAUGAUACCAGACCUCACGCAAUCGCAUGGAGUCCAGAAACCUCCUUGAGUGUCGUUCCCAAGAUUCUUACAUUUUGUGUUGCUGGUGCAGAUUUUAAGAUAAGAUUGUACAAUAGCAAUUUAAAUGACAUCAAUGUGUACGAGAUUUUAGAAGGGCACAAAGAUUAUACAAAUGCAAUUUCUUAUGAACCAGAGGGAGAAUUGCUAGCAUCGGUUUCCGAUGAUCAUACGUGUAAAUUGUGGGCGAUUAAAGAGGAUCAGAAGUGUGUGUCCACAUUUUUCUUGACAUCGCCUGGUACGAGCGUAUGUUGGCACAGUGAAGAAUCCGGCAAGCUUUUAGUAGCGGAAAAAAAUGGCUUAAUACGUAUGUACAAUGUCAGAAGUCAACAAGCGAUUAUGUCUCUCGAUUCUGGGGCUGUUCCCUUGAUUGCGGCAGACUGGGCGCCAAAUCCUUUAAAAGUUGUAUCGAUGGCUGCUGGAGAAUUAUUACUCUGGGACGUAUCUAGACCGAGCCGUCCCCUUGACGAGCGAACGCUUCAUCUAGAAGGUGGCUUAGCAGUGAAAUUCUCACACGCGAACGAAAAUCUGGUCGCGAGCAUUGGUUGGCCAGAUAACUUGUUGAAAGUUUUCAAUUUUAAAUCCAAACAAGUGAUAUUGUGUGGGAAAGUGAAGUUAGUCGGCGGUAUGACUUGGCACUAUAAAUUGCCUUAUGUCUGUGCCGGAAGUGACAGAGAACUAUGUUUUUGGAGAGUGAACGUAAAUUAAGAUACAUUAAACAAUCGAUUUUAUACAUAAAAAGAGAAAUCUUUGAACUCUAUAAGAAAUAUCUAAGAGAUGAUGUUAUAUCAUAUAUAAUAACUUAUAGAAGAGAUAUCAGUUAUAUAAUUCUUUUAUUAUUCUCCAAUAUUUCUUUAAGUUAAUCAUUUUGGAAAAAUCGUAAUUGUUAUGAUACAUCUGUAAUAGGGUUAACAUUUUCCGAGACAAAAUUUCACAUUUAAUAGAAAAGAAAUGUAUUUUUAUAAAAUGCACUUUAUAAUAAUCAAAUUUACAUACAGAGAAUGUAUAAAAGUAAUUUGUAAUGCACCUGAUGUCAUUUAUGAUGGUAUAAAACUAUUAAUAUAUUCUUCCUUUAUGAUUUAUGUGAA